UGGAAAAAAGUUAAAUAUGUAUGAAUGUACACGUCCAUCAUCCAUCCUUGUCAGUGUGGAAGAUGGAAAAUCUAACCUAAAACCUUUUGUUAUGUCAUCACUGUUAUAAGCACCUGCACUCACCUAGUGAAAGAUGGCUUUACGUUUCGUUCAACAAUGUCCCAUCAAAUGGGCAAGCAAAUUGGCCAGGGCUCAGUCUACUCUCUCAGCUUUUGAGAUACAACACAAGACUCCCUUAAUUAAAAAGCAAAGCCCCAUCCCUAUUGCUAUGUAUGGGGGUAGGCAUGCAGUAACAAUGCUGCCUGGUGGCGGAAUAGGGCCAGAAUUAAUGGAAUAUGUUCGUGAAGUGUUCAAAUAUGCUGGCGCUCCUGUGGACUUUGAGGUGAUUGAUAUCGACCCCCGUUCAGAAGAAAGUGAUGCUUUUGACUAUGCUAUCACAUCUAUUAAACGAAACGGCGUUGGAAUUAAGGGAAAUAUCGAAACUAAGAGUGAAAGUGCCGCAAUCACAUCUAGAAAUGUCGCUUUGAGAAAUGAACUGGAUUUGUUUGUUAAUAUACUUCAUUGUAAAUCAUUCCCUGGUGUACCAGCAAGACAGAAAGAUAUUGAUAUUGUUAUUAUCCGACAAAACACUGAAGGAGAAUAUGCAAUGCUAGAACACGAGAGUGUUGAUGGCGUGGUAGAAAGCAUGAAGAUUGUCACAGAAUCUAACUCUGAUAGAGUAGCAAGAUAUGCCUUCGAAUUUGCCAAGCGAACUGGACGAAAGAAGAUCACCACCAUACACAAAGCCAAUAUUAUGAAAUUAUCAGAUGGGCUUUUCCUGGAAACGUCAAAGAAAAUUGCGAAAGAAUACCCUGAAAUUGAACAUAAUGACAUGAUCAUAGACAACUGCUGUAUGCAGCUGGUAUCAAAACCGCAUCAGUUUGAUGUAAUGAUCAUGACUAAUUUAUACGGAAGUAUUGUUUCCAAUGUUCUGUGUGGACUCAUUGGAGGCGCAGGUAUUUUAUCUGGAAAAAAUUAUGGAGACCAUUAUGCUAUUUUUGAACCUGGAACCCGUAAUACUGGCACAGCUAUCGCAGGCAAAAACAUUGCCAAUCCUUUGGCAAUGCUGAAUGCUUCAGUAGAUAUGCUGAAUCAUUUGGGUCACAAAGAACAUGCAGAUUUAAUUAUGAACGCUAUGCUUAAAACUGUAUCUGAGGAUCACUUACUUACCCCUGAUUUAGGAGGAAGUGCAAGUAGUACUGAGAUAGUCCAAAAAAUUAUUGAUCACAUAUUGCAAGCCGACAUCCGGCCAUGGUAAUUUUUUGAUUGUGGUGAUGGCAUGACUCUGACUAACUUGCCACAUACUCACACUCAUUUUACCUAUCGAACUUCACAAAUCACUAAUGUUUCAGUGUGACAUGGAAUUGCUCUAACAAAUGCACUUGAGUUGUAUCUCAUAACUUGCUAUUUAUCUUUUCCUUAACAGUAUUACUCAAACUAGUUGAUCGAAAUACUUACUAUUUUUUCUUUUCUUUUACAGAGAAUCUAUCUACGAAAUCUCUUAUUAAGGUUCAUCUCUUUUUUCAAGUUAAAAUAUCUAUUUAUUGUGUAAAUAUUAAGCAAAGCUAGGCUAAGCUUUAAUAUAUGUAAUAUGUUCAAUAAACUGUUUACGUUU